UUUACAUUUGUUAAUUGAAAAUUACUUAUUUGUUACUGAAAGUGCACAGAUUUAUUGGCCCAAAUUACACACCAUGUACCUAACGCGCCAACUAAGACUGCUGCCCAGUUCCAGCCUUGCGCGUCACAUUGCCAGUGGCAAUGGCACACAUUACACAACCGCUGCGCCGCCGGCCGCCGAGCACAUUGAAAUUCCCAAACGCAUUGAACGCUCGCCCACAGAUCUGCUGCAGGCAUUGGCCAGCACAGUGGGACGUGACUCGACGGCGCCACACUAUAAAUACCACGAUGAUCCCUUUCUGAUACCCACGUCGAAUGUGGCCAAGCGCACGUAUACGCUGUCCAAGGAGGCGGGACGUAAGGCAGCCAAUUGGAUUAAAGAGGAGCAUCGCGAGCUGUUUAUGCACCAAGAAGCGCAACCACCCAUUGAAAAGUUUGCACCAUCCAUGGUCUACACAGAGGAGUCGGAGGUGGAUACGAGCUCACUUCAGCAACUAAUUGCACAAGGUGAGCUCGCGGAUGCUGUUCUCGUGUACAAUCUAUUGGAGAACAAGGGCAUCGAGGUCAAUGAUGCACUGAAGCAGAGUCUGUUGGAGCUGGUGUGCUUCUACAAUAACCAAGAACCGCUGCCGGAAGAGUAUAUUGAGGAACGCUGGUUCCUGCAGAACAGUCGGCGACGUGAACGUCAUGGAAAAACAUGGAAGGACGGUGACUUGGCGGAAAAACUGUACGCCGCCAUUGAGCCAAAGACGCCGCAAUCCUAUGCGGCGCUUAUACGCGGCAUGGCCAAGUAUUUGCAGUGUGAGCGAGCCUAUGCGCUGCUGCAAGAGGCGAACGAGAGGCAAAUCCAACUGGACACCAAUACCUACAAUGCCAUAAUUCAGAUUGUAAGCCUGCUCAAGGACACGGCCGACCAGCGCUGGCAGCUGUGCACGGUGCUGCUGAAUCAAAUGGCCGAACAGCAACUGCAUCCCAAUCUGGGCACGCUGAACGCGCUGCUCGAAUGCAUCAGCACGUUUGGAAACUUUAAAUUGGCGCGCAGCUCAGCGCUUAAGGUUCUGCCGGAGUUCAAGCAAUUGGGCGUUACGCCCAGUCUGGGCACAUAUUACUAUCUGUUAAUUAUAUUCUGCCGGGAACGCGCGCCCGUCUCGCACGUCAUUGUGGACAUCCUUAACGACAUUGGCGGUAAGCAGUUCAAAGUGGAACAUCCCAAGGAUACGUACUUCUUUGCCACGGCCAUGGAUGUGUGCCGCAAUCAUUUGAACGACAAGGCCUUGGCUAAGAAGGUAGAUGAACUGCUGCACACGGGCAACAAUUACGAUCUGAUAGGCGACUCCUUCAAGGAGAGCAUAUACUAUCGCAAUUAUCUGGCGCUGCUGUGUCAGACCCAAUCCAUUGAGGACUUCAUGCAGACAUAUGACGUGCUGGUGCCCAACAUCUACAUACCCGAGCCGGGCAUUAUGGAGGAGAUCCUACGAGCCAUAGAAAUAAAUGGUGCCGUUGAGCAUGUGCCGCGCAUCUGGUCCGACAUGGUCAUCUUCGAUCACACCCAUCGCGAGAGUCUGCUUCUUUAUGUGCUCCGUAUAAUGGUGAAUAAUCGUCCAAAUGCUGAACUGCCCGCCCAGCAACAGCUGCCCGAACAGUGCGCCAAGGUGGCCCUGGAUAUGUACAAUAAAAUCGAGGAGUCCGCAAAACGGGCCAGGAAAGUCUCCUUCACCGGCCAAAUGCUGGGCGACAUUCUGACGCUGCUCGUGCGCGGCGACAGCAGCUUCGACAAGGCUAGCGAGGUAUUCGCUUACAUUGACAAGCAGCAGCAUCGCAUUCCCGGCACGCCCGCCGAGAGCGCUUUGUCUGAGUACGUGGAGGCAACUGUGCUAAACAAAGCGCCCAGCCAGGCGCUAAUGGCGCUACAAUAUGCUGUGGAGAACAACAUGGAAACGAUUGCGCUAGCAAAGCGCAUAAACGAAGGCUUUACUCUCAGCGAAGUGCAUUUGGCCAAGCUGAAAUCGCUGGUCGGCGAAAGCUUUCUAGAUAAAUGAUCAUUCAAUUCGUUC